GCAUGCUCAACGUAAAGAUGGCUGUCAACGGAAUGCUUGUGAAAGCGGACGACGUAAUCAUACCGCAAUUCUCGAAAUUGCUUGAUGCGGAUCCGUAUCUGUCAAAUCAUCAAAGAGAGCUGAAAAGGAGGUAUGGCUGUUUUGAGCAGAUCUUGGCUUCUAUCGAGCAGGACGAGGGAGGCUUGGAUGCGUUCACACAAGGCUAUAUAUCGCAUGGUCUUCACAGGACAGCCGAUGGAGGGGUCCGGUGUAAGGAGUGGGCCCCAGGAGCAGAGGCGGUUUAUAUCAAAGGAGAAUUCAAUGGUUGGUCAGGGACGGAGUAUCCUCUUCAGAACACUGGUUUUGGGAAGUGGGAGAUCACGCUACCCAGUAAGUCCGAUGGCACCUCACCUAUACCACACAACAGCAUCGUCAGGCUCGGUAUCAAAACAAAGUCCGGCGAGAUCGUGGACCGGAACCUGGCCUGGGCUAGCUACGCGGUCCAAGACCCGAAGACAAUGCUGUACCAGAGCGUCUUCUGGGAUCCACCGCAGGACCAGGUCUAUAGUUCCAAAAACCCAAAGCCUCAAUGGACCGGUCAGGGACUAAGGAUCUAUGAAGCUCACGUUGGGAUCUCAUCUUGGGAAGGGAAGGUUGCGUCCUACGAUCACUUCACAGAUAAUGUACUACCGAGGAUCAAGGGUCAAGGCUAUAAUGCAAUACAACUGAUGGCUGUAAUGGAGCAUGCUUUCUAUGCUAGCUUUGGGUAUCAGGUGACCACCUUCUUUGCUCCAUCAAGUCGCUGUGGUAACCCAGAAGCUUUGAAGCGAUUGGUUGACACCGCCCACGGGAUGGGGAUCUAUGUCUUCUUGGACGUUGUUCACAGUCAUGCAGCCAACAACACCCUGGACGGUCUCAACAAGUUUGAUGGCACAGAUAGCUGUUACUUCCAUGCAGGCACAAGGGGACAUCAUAUGCUGUGGGAUAGUAGACUAUUUGACUAUAACAACUGGGAAGUAUUAAGAUUCCUUCUUUCUAACCUGCGUUGGUGGGUUGAUGAGUUUAAUUUCGAUGGAUUCAGAUUCGAUGGUGUCAGCUCAAUGAUCUAUCAUCACCAUGGAAUCGGUACUGGUUUUAGUGGUGACUACAGCGAUUACUUUGGGCUUGCAGUUGACACUGAAGCUCUGACCUACCUAACCCUAGCCAAUCACAUGCUGCACAAACUCUUCCCGGGGAUCGUCACAAUAGCUGAGGAAGUAUCCGGAAUGCCAGCUCUUUGUCGUCCAAUAGAAGAAGGAGGAUACGGUUUUGAUUUCAGACUAGCAAUGGCUAUACCAGAUAAAUGGAUCAAGCUUCUGAAGGAGACCCAAGACGAAGAUUGGAACAUCGGUGACAUCGUUUGGACCCUCAUCAACCGUCGCCAUGGCGAGAGGACGAUAGCUUACGCCGAGAGUCACGACCAGGCCCUCGUUGGCGACAAGACGAUCGCAUUCUGGCUCAUGGACAAGGAGAUGUAUACAAACAUGUCUGUGUUGUCGCCUCAGACGGACGUGAUUGAUCGCGGGAUGGCGCUGCAUAAAUGUAUUCGGCUUAUUACGCAUGCUCUAGGAGGGGAGGCGUGGCUUAAUUUCAUAGGGAAUGAGUUUGGACACCCUGAAUGGCUUGACUUUCCAAGACCAGGGAACAACAAUAGCUACCAUUACGCUAGGAGGCAGUGGAAUCUCGUAGAUGAUGAUGUGCUGAGGUACCGAUUCCUCAACAGUUUCGACAGGGCCAUGAACCACCUGGAUGAGAAGUUUGAUUGGUUAGCUAGCCCUCAGGCCUAUAUAAGCUGGAAACAUGAAGAAGACAAGGUGAUUGCCUUUGAGCGAGCUCGUCUGCUUUUCAUCUUCAAUUUCCACUGCUCCAAGAGCUUCCCAGACUACAAGGUCGGCGUGGACCUACCCGGAAAAUACAAGAUGGUGUUGAACUCAGACUGCUCAGAGUUUGGAGGUCACAAUAGACUUGACCCCUCAGCAAUCCACUUCACCUCUAAGGAUGGAUAUGGUGGGAGAAUGAAUUCUCUUCAGGUGUACAUCCCUAGCAGAGUGUGUAUAGUCCUCGCCCUGGAAGAUGACAUCGUGAAGCAUGGAUUGUAAUCUUAACCCAUCGCCUACAGGAACCAGGUGAUCCCAGUAUUAAACCUAUGGGGAUCAGAGAAUUCAGUGGUCAACGUGUGAACACAUUGCCUACAUGAUCCUGGUGAUCCCAGUAUUAAGCCUAUGGGGUUAAGAGAAUUCAGUAGUCACCGAGUUAACACAUUGCCUGCUGGUACCAUGUGAUCCCAGUAUUAAGCCUAUUGGAACAGAAAUUCUGUAGUCAAGUAGUUAAUAAAACUUGAUUAUUAAAAUAUCUGCCUGUUAUACCAAGAUAUAUCUGAAAGCAUAUUGUAUAUAAAAAAGUAUUAUAUUAUCAGAUUAUUGGGACCAUUAUAGAGUAGAUAAAAUUUGAUAUUUGCUGCAAAACCCCAACUAGUCUAGAAAAGACCAAUAUUCACAAGCCCGUACUGUUUUGUUUUAACGCAUAGGAGUGCGUUUUAAUGGGGAAUUUGACACCUUUCUGGUGUUUUACCAAAUAAUAGGUGUCAUUAUUCACCAAGAGUGGACUUCACUUUUACGAUAGACAGGUCUUGUGUAAUGCAUUGUGCCCUAGCCUGCUACCAUAUAUGAUUCCCAUCAUAGACAUCAAAUAGAUCAAAUUUCCCUCACACUUGAGAAACAGGCAGGUUGGAGUAUUUUCUGUUGGGACAACAGGUUCGCUGCUUCAGAGACCUUUGCACACACAUACACAUUCAUUGGUAAUUCAACCAAAUCUAAUGUCGGCUAUUUAUGAUCAUAGAAAAUACUAUGUGGCUUUAGGUCUUCUCUGCUCUGUAUUCUUAGGUCAUAUUCUGUCAUAUUUCUGAAGUACUAUAAAUUUGUGGCAGAGUUAUUGAAUUUGUGGCGGACUUAUUGAAUUUGUGGCGGACUUAUUGAAUUUGUAACAUGCAGUGUGAGUUUUCUUUGUUUUUAGUGUGAGAAUUUUAAAUUUUUUCACAUGUUACCUAAAGUUAACUCUAAAUUAUUUCAUAAAUUCAUCUUUUCAUCUAUUUUUCCACAAAAAUAAGGGUACAGAAGUGGACAAAUGACUAAAAAAGUCUGUAAGGUGAACAACCAUGACAACUCAUAAUACUCAAAAUACUAUCAAAAUUAAAAAAAAGAUCUAUAAAAUUUGGCAACAAACAGUAUCCCAUGCAAUGGCAAGAAUUGCUAUUGUAAAGGAAUUUAGAGUGAUCAUGUUUAUUUUUAAGACAGAUGCCUGUCUGCUGUUCAUUUUAAAUUCAUUGUGUUUAAACUUGACAGCUGACCAUGAAGAUGUUGAAGUGUCCCUAAUACAUGUACAGUCAAACCUGUCUAUUAAGACCACUCACAGUAAACGGAUAAUGUGGCCAUUGUAGGCAGGUGGCCUAUCUAGACAGGUUCUACAAAACAUUUCUUUUUUUGAGGGAGACAAAAUACAUGGUCACUAAAGACAGGUGGAAAGGUUCUUUGAAACAUUUCUUUCUUAUAGGAGACAAAAUACAUGGCCACUAAAGACAGGUGGAAAGGUUCUUUAAAACAUUUCUUUGUUGAGGGAGACAAAAUACAUGGCCACUAAAGACAGGUUGCCUUUCUAGAAAGGUUCUACAAAACAUUUCUUUCUUGAGGGAGACAAAUCACAUGGCCUUUAUAGACAGGUGGCUUUUCUAGAGAGGUUGUCACUAAGACAGGUUCAACUGUACAUGUAUGUAGAGCAUUGUGUGGAGCACUUUGUAGAUAUGCGAAGAGAGAGUAUAUAUGAAAUGUAUUUGAUUAUUUUUGGAUUGUGAUUUUGUCUUCCUUUAAACAAAAUUCCUACAUGUAUACAUGUAGAUACAGUCAUUGGACCUGAGUACAUGUUAACUCCCGUUUCCUUAUAACUGCACCCUUAGCGAAAAAUCAUGAGUGUUUUGAAAAUUACUUACUGAAAUCAAUGUGUGUCAGAUUAUCUUUAGGGCUUUAGCAACUAUGUUAAAUAUCUACUUGCUGACAGGCGUAAUUGAUAGUUUUAUAUUAAGGAUUUUUCGCAUUAAUGUUUGUGUGUACCUUAACAGGCACAAUGCCUGGUGUUUCUGGUAUAGUAAAAACAGCUAAGGUGCGCACACACAUUACUGAGGAAUGUCCUUAAGUUGUGUAGUUGGUUUGUAAAGCCCUUUGCUAAUUGUUUUAUUGAGUAUAGUACUGGCUAAGCCAAUUUUUUUAAUUAAAAAAAAUAUAUAGUUCUCUAUAUCUUUGCUUGGUGUCUUCCUUAUAUAUUUCUGGCAUAGCCAAUUAUCAAUUCUCCAUCUUUCCAUGAAAUUAGGUCAAACCUGGACAAUUUUUUUUUUUUUUUUUAGUCAUGAAAUGUUAGAACACUGAAAUAAGACAACUCAUUAUGAAUGAAUUUUGUAAAAACAAGAUUUGAAUAACAAUCAUGUGAAACAUUACUACUUUUCUCAUCCUUUGGUAGGUUUAUAGUCACACAAGAACAUGGGCAUACCUAGACAGAAAAUCUGUAUGGCUGGAGGAUUUUAUAACAUAUUUUGACGUUUGAGGCUCUCCUCCAGGAUUUCACAUAGCCAGGCGUAGUCUCAGUGGAAAUCUCUUAACAAAAUAGACCAACUUUGGGGUCCAAGACAUCUUCUAUUAGAAUAAUACUUACAUUUUUUGAUUAUGUUCAUUAUUUACUUUACCGGUACUCAUCUGAACAAGGGACGUUACCUGUGAAUUGAUAUACAGUCAAACCUGUUUAUAGCGAAAGCCCAAGGGAAACACAAAACGUGGUCUUUGAAGACAGGCUCCUUGAGUACAUGUUUAUAUGAGAAACCAUUUUCAAGGGAAACACAAAACAUGGUCUUUGUAGACAGGUGGUCACUGAAGCAGGUUCGACUGUAUAUCAUGGUCUUGACUAUUAUGAACAAAUGUAGUCUCUGCACAGGCUUUAUCUUCCCUCAUUUAAUUUUGAAAUCAAUGUGAAAUUUGCUGUUAGUACAGUACAUAUAAUUAAUUUGGUAUGUUCGAGUGCAUUCGCGAGUGUGUGGUCAUAUAAGAUUUUGUGAUUUAUCUGAAAUUUGCUGAAAUUAGUUGAUUGAUUCUUUAAGUGCCAUAUGCGCUCAAAUCCACAUUAUGUUGCAAUGGUUGCAUUUCACAUUUAUUUGACAAAGGAAUGCUCUUUUUUUUAAAAUUCAACAUGAAAUGUAUGAAUCACAAAGAUAGAUAAUUAUCUUGAAAAUGCACCCAUAUCCAUCUUAAUCAGUUGCAAUAGCUGCAUGGAACGUUUUUGUGACAAACCAAUGCUUGUUUUUUUCCUUCAAUCCAGCAUUAAAUGUUUGAAUUACGAAGAUAGGUAAUUACUGGUAUCUUGAAAUAUAUUUGUGUGUGGUUAUUACAUCAAGAUGAAAACCUAUACAUGUAGUGCCAAAAAAGAACAAUUUUGAUUCAUUGUUAUUGUCAAUAAAUAAGCUAUGGCAGUAUGAUGAGAAAA